ACGGCAAGCGUUUCCCUCUGGAUUCUGUACUGUUCUGAGAAAAGAUCACUAUAUCAAAAUUUCACCUCGAUUUUUGGAUGCACCGAUGAGAGAUCCAGUUUUUACAGGGACUGCCAUGGCUUAUCACCCCUUCCACGCUCACCGGCCGACAGACUUUCCCAUGUCAGCUUUCCUAGCGGCCGCUCAGCCGUCUUUCUUCCCGGCGCUGACACUUCCUCCCGGGGCUCUCACUAAGCCGAUUCCGGACCAUACCCUGGCUGGAGCCGCGGAGGCUGGGCUCCAUCCGGCUCUGAGUCACCAUCAUCAGGCAGCUCAUCUCCGCAGUCUCAAGAGCCUAGAACCGGAGGAAGAGGUCGAGGAUGACCCAAAAGUCACACUGGAAGCAAAGGAUCUGUGGGACCAGUUCCACAAAUUAGGAACAGAGAUGGUUAUUACGAAAUCGGGCAGGAGGAUGUUCCCUCCUUUCAAGGUCCGAAUAAACGGCCUUGAUAAAAAAGCGAAAUACAUAUUAUUACUGGACAUAGUCGCUGCCGACGACUGUCGCUACAAGUUCCAUAACUCUCGCUGGAUGGUAGCGGGAAAGGCCGACCCGGAGAUGCCCAAACGAAUGUAUAUACAUCCGGAUAGUCCAGCUACGGGGGAGCAGUGGAUGGCGAAGCCUGUUGCUUUUCAUAAACUCAAGUUAACCAACAAUAUUUCAGACAAACAUGGAUUUACAAUUCUGAAUUCAAUGCACAAAUACCAGCCUAGGUUCCAUAUUGUGAGAGCAAACGACAUUCUGAAGCUUCCAUACAGCACAUUCAGGACGUAUGUGUUUCCUGAGACGGAUUUCAUCGCUGUCACUGCGUAUCAAAACGACAAGAUAACACAGCUGAAGAUUGAUAAUAAUCCUUUUGCCAAAGGCUUCAGAGACACAGGAAAUGGAAGGAGAGAGAAAAGGAAACAACUGAGCCUUCCAUCUUUACGCAUGUAUGAGGAUCAAUGCAAAGUGGACCGAGAUGGCGGAGACUCCGAUGCUUCGUCGAGUGAACCUGCCACAGGAAGAGAUGUUGGUCACUCACCAAUCGGACCUGUGUCCAGCCCACUUAGGUUUAGUCGAAACAGUCGAGAAGAGAAAACUUGCACUGAUAGUGAGCACGAACUUGACCAUCAAGAUGAGCGGUGCGGAGGAUCGAGUCCUGUGCCUGAACCCCCUUCGUCGUUUAGUCCAAGAUGUGAGGAUCGCAUGAAAGACAGGCCUAGUCUGGAGAAGAAAGACGACUACCCGGACUCGAGAAAGCAGAGCGACUCGAUAUUUAGCAUAAGAAACUUGGAAAAGGACAAAUCGGAGAACAGACACAGGAAAGACACAGAAUCGUCUAAAAAGGACAUGGAUAACGGGGGUUUAAGUGGGAGCAAAGAUAGCUUCUCCCCUCUCAUGGUACAAACAGAGAGCCCCUCUCACUUCGGUGCAGGGCAUCUGCAAAGCCUUGCUCUCUCCGGCCUGCACAGUCAACAGUUUUUUAACCCUUUAAACACUGGGCAACCUCUGCUAUUCCACCCUGGGCAAUUCGCUAUGGCACCUGGAGCUUUUUCGGCCAUGGGUAUGGGACAUCUGUUGGCUUCAGUUUCCGGAGCAAGUGGUUUGGAAAAUGGCAGCCUGUCUGCUCAAGGAACUGGGAGCACACCGAGUCCCUUCUCCUUUCCACUGUCUCAACACAUGCUAGCGUCUCAGGGCAUUCCGAUGCCAACCUUCGGCGGAUUGUUUCCGUAUCCUUAUACCUACAUGGCUGCGGCUGCCGCAGCAGCCUCUGCCCUGCCCAACAGCAGCUCUGCUUCCUCGCUCUCCAGGAAUCCUUUUUUGAGCAGCCCCCGUCCGCGUCUGCGCUUCAGCCCGUACCAGAUCCCCGUAUCUAUCCCUCAAAGCACAAACCUGCUCACCACGGGAUUGCCAACCGGCCUAAACCCUUCAUCGGAAUCCUCAAAAUCCGGUAGCAGAGAGGCGAGUCCAGUGCCUGAUCAGCAUAACCACAAAGGAGCCAUUCAGAGGAACGGCUCCCCCAAAGCGGCAAUGAAGGAAUCUAUUAACGAACUCCAAAACAUACAGAGACUAGUCAGCGGCCUGGAAAGUCAAAGAGAGAUAUCUACACCAAGGGACUCCCCAAAAUGAUCAAACGUCCUCAAAAACCUAUCCAGGGCAUGACUUGAAUUACCAGAGGAUGUUAUGAACUGGUUAUCUGCGGUAAAUUUCGAUGUGUACCAUUUUACGCAUGGAUGGUUGGAGUGGCAAAGGCAAACGGGAGUCAGCAUGCAUUGUUGUUUUGGGUGUGCUUAUAUAUCAGAGAAAAAAUCAAACAUUUUGCAAAGACAGUAGAAUUGACAACCAAAUUAAUUUAUUGAAUGAGACAUGACUUGAGGCUCUAUCGGCGGAAACUUGAACAGAUACUAUAAAUGCUGCGAAGACAAUCCACAGAUAAUAAUUUACAUCAUGGGGUGUGCAUACUGAAAAAGGAAAAAAACAAACAAACAAAAACAAAACAAAAAACAAAACACACCAACAGCCUGAAGAUGUCGACGAAGAGAUAGAUGGAACGGACAAAUGUUUUGUGGCGGGAGGCGUGCUUUGCAAAUAAAAUCUUUGCGUAAAUCAUUAGGAGUCCAAAUGAUCACUGUGCGCUGCAGGGUGACUGAGUUGAACAUCAUACAGACCUGUAGAUUUACAGGAAAACAAGCUACAUCCAAAUGAAGUGUAUUUCAAAAGGGAUUGAAAUAAAACUUGUGACAGAUAGUUAUGGCCGUUUGUAAUAGCCUAUGUGACGGACAAUUGUACCUGAACUAUUUAUGUAAUUAAAAGAGAAAUAAUCCUGUAAAUAAGCUAUAAGGAUACAAGAAUAUGCAAAUUGGUAUUAAUUUAUUCAAAGCUGUACAUUUGCGUGUACAUAAUAUUUAGAGUUUAACUCAUUGCUUUUUUUUUUCAUUUUACAUGAACGUAUAUUGUAAAUGAAAGCUAUUUAGCGCUUGUUGGUUUGAAACAGAAGGUAUCUCUCUGUGAUGCAUUGCUGUUUAAUCUGCCUGUGACACGUGAAGAAAGCGUGUGCCAUCGUUGCAUUGUAGCAGUUGCUGAGAACACUUAUCACGUAGGAGAAAGCUCCUUGUCUCCUCUGCCGGACUGAACUGUGAGACACGCAAAUUUUAGAAAAACCUCAGGUUAAUUCACUCCAACACAGAAGAGAUUUGCAUUCCUCUUCACGAGCUGGGUUUAUAUACAUAGAUAUGUUAACGUGUCUCAUUUUUGCUGGUUGUCCGGGAUUUAUUUUUUUUGUUGUUGUUGUUG